ACGCCUUGUUUGGGAAACACUAUCAAAGGCCGCCAGUCAGGACAAUGAACCUCUUCAGUUACAUUUUGGUUUAUCGCCGGUUUCUCCUCAUAGUUUUCACUCUGUUGAUUUUACUGCCCCUGCCUAUCAUCCUCCACAACAAGGAAGCAGAAUGUGCCUACACACUCUUCGUGGUUGCCACGUUUUGGGUUACAGAAGCUCUGCCCCUGUCAGUGACAGCUUUGCUGCCUGCUUUAAUGUUCCCAUUAUUUGGGAUCAUGCCUUCUAAGAAGGUGGCAUCUGCUUAUUUCAAAGACUUUCACCUCUUGCUUAUUGGAGUCAUCUGUUUGGCAACAUCAAUAGAGAAAUGGAACUUGCACAAAAGGAUUGCUCUGAGAAUGGUGAUGAUGGUUGGUGUGAACCCAGCAUGGCUGACCCUGGGGUUCAUGAGCAGCACCGCCUUCUUGUCCAUGUGGCUCAGCAACACCUCCACGGCUGCCAUGGUGAUGCCCAUCGUGGAGGCUGUGGCCCAGCAGCUCAUCAAUGCGGAAGCGGAGGUCGAGGCCACUCAGAUGACCUGUUUCAGUGGAUCAAUCAAUCACGGACUGGAAAUAGAUGAAUGUGUCAAUGAACAUGAAACAAAUGAGAAGGAAGAGAAAACAAAACCAGUUCCAGGACACAGUAAUGAUGCAGGGAAAAUUUCAAGCAAGGUAGAGUUGGAAAAGAACACAGUCACAGGAAUCAAAUACCGAACAAAGAGGGACCACAUGAUGUGUAAACUUAUGAGUUUGUGCAUUACUUAUUCUUCUACCAUUGGUGGGCUGACAACAAUCACUGGUACCUCCACCAACUUGAUCUUCACUGAGCAUUUCAAUAUGCGCUACCCUGAAUGUCGUUGCCUCAACUUUGGAUCAUGGUUUCUGCUUUCCUUCCCGGCAUCUAUUAUUAUUCUACUCUUGUCCUGGAUCUGGCUCCAGUGGCUUUUCCUCGGAUUCAAUUUUAAGAUGUUUAAAAGUGGCAAGACUGAAACAGUCAAAGAAAAAGCCUGUGCUGAGGUGAUUAAACAAGAGUACAAAAAACUUGGGCCAAUUAGGUCUCAGGAGAUUGUGACCUUGGUCCUCUUCAUUGCCAUGGCCCUGCUAUGGUUUAGCCGAGAUCCUGGAUUUGUUUCUGGUUGGUCUGCGCUUUUCUCAGAGUAUCCUGGUUUUGCUACAGAUUCUACUGUUGCCUUACUUAUAGGACUCCUAUUCUUUCUUAUCCCAGCUAAGAAAUUGACUAAAACUACACCUACAGGAGAAAUUGUUGCUUUUGAUUACUCUCCACUGAUUACUUGGAAAGAAUUCCAGUCAGUCAUGCCCUGGGACAUAGCCAUUCUGGUUGGUGGAGGGUUUGCCUUGGCAGAUGGCUGUGAGGAGUCAGGACUAUCUAAGUGGAUAGGAAAUAAGUUAUCUCCUCUAGGUUCCUUACCAAUAUGGCUAAUAAUUUUGAUAUCUUCUUUGCUCGUCACAUCUUUAACAGAGGUAGCCAGCAAUCCAGCUACCAUUACUCUCCUUCUCCCAAUAUUAUCUCCAUUGGCUGAAGCCAUUCAUGUGAACCCUCUUUAUAUUUUGAUACCGUCUACUCUAUGUACCUCGUUUGCAUUCCUCCUACCAGUAGCAAAUCCAUCCAAUGCUGUUGUUUUUUCAUAUGGCCAUCUAAGCGUUAUGGACAUGGUUAAAGCUGGACUUGGCAUUAAUAUCAUGGGUGUCGCUGUGGUGAUGCUUGGUGUGUUCACCUGGAUGGUGCCCAUGUUUGACCUCAAUACUUACCCUUCUUGGGCUCCUGCAAUUAGCAAUGGGACCAUGCCAUGACAAGCCUGAAUGUUAUGACCAUCCUGUGGUGAGUUUUAGGGUCCAUUAAGAAUUCACUGCAAAAUUGAGCUCUGAAAAACUGAUGACACAUUGGUGUAGCUGCUACAGUUCCAGUGAACACCGAAAACCUGCUGUCAUAACUCAGAGUCCACAUUUCCUUUGAGAUACAACCAAAGAGCAACUAAGUGCCUUCAUCGAGAAGCCCAUGGUUGUGAUUUUGCUCAUGGACCAUAUGCAUCCUGCUUCAUCAUAAGAAUAAUUUAUAACUUGACCUUCAAAGAGAUUAGGUCAUUUGCUUCAUCUUAGAGUCUGGAUUCAGUGUAACAUUUCCAAUGUCAAUUUAUUAUCUGAGAACUUCCCAUGAAGCUAUAAAUAAAAAAUAAAAUAUACAAGUUAAUUAGGUACUUGGAUAAAUCAUUUCUGUAGUGUUGUUCAGGGGAGUUUUCUGAAAAACCAAAGCUGUGGUCGUCGGGUGGUGCAAAACCAAAGUUUAAAUGAAUGUGAAUCCAGUAAACAACAGACACCUCAUGGAUAAGGACUAAUUUCUACUUGACCCUCUGGUUAGAGGAAUAUAAUUCAUACUUUUAUGCUUUCAGUGCACUGAGAAAUAUAUUUUAUAGAGCUAUGGCUAAGGCUUGCUAUGAUUUGUACCAUUACCACACCAUACUUAGAAAAGAAAGCUAAACUGUAAAACUAUUAACAUUUAUGUAGAUGUAUAACAGUUUUGCUUGUGUUUAUCUUAUUUUAGAAAUAUGCAAUGUCAUAUGUAAAAAGAGGAGAUUCAGAAAUUUAAAUGAGUUAUCACUGUGUAUACAGACAUAGAAAAAAGUCACAUAACUCCAUUAUAUCAGCACUGAAAUGUAAUACGAGAGGGAAAAUAAAGAAUGAAAAAUUGAAACUAUUUACAAAGAGAGCAAUAAAUUAUUUAUGGGCAAACCGAAAAGAAAAAAAGAACUGAACAUUCAAACAAAAGCAGUAAAAGAAUAGUUUCCUCGCACUCAGGAUGUGAGAGAAUAGAUUCUAUUAGCAUUCCAAAAUUAGACUAAAGGGGAAAAAAGGCCAAUCAAAAACAAACAAAAAAUGUGUACAGUUAGGAAAAGAUAGAAAAGUUAAAACACAGCAAUUCUCAUGUUAAAAAU